UUAAAGCGAAUCUUCUAAAAACGUAUCUACCUCAUUCAUUUCAUCAUCGUUACGAAAAUUGAUAACUUACUUGGUACAGUAUUCCUUACACAAUUCAAAAUUUCAACUGAAAUGUGAACCUAAAUUGAUCUUGUUACCAUCAACAGUACCAGCAAGGUACCUACCAAGUUCAUUCAUUAGGCUAAGACCAAUCGAUCCUUCACAAUGAAUCUUCUACUCUCCUCAAUUUUAGUCACGCUAAUCUCCUUGACCCAAUCCGAUAUUCGCAUCGACGACAAAGCAACAACUAUCGUCGUCAUACAGAAGAAAAUCCCAAAAAACAACGGCAGGAUUUACGAAAAUGCUCGUACAUACCGAGAGCUAAUCGAAAAAAGUGACUUAUUUAUCGACAAAACUACGCUGAUAUCAAAACUGUUCGAGUUUCAAAGCAUCAAAAUACUUUUAAUUCUAUCAAAUCCGGGCUGGUCGAAGACGACCAACUUACACAUGGUGAAAGCAUUCUUCGAAGUAGAAACGACCGAAGAAGGUGCUCAGCUAAUCCGAGAGCAUGCUCCGAAUUACCAGCUAUUCAGGCACAACAAAGUGGUUCACGAGAACGGCGAAGUGGAAGAGUUACAGGAUAGCUUACUCAUCAGUCAACAUCCACCUUUCAUUGACCUAUUCCAAGGCAAAUAUCCGGUAAUAUUUUUAAGCUUUGAAAACGUCAGUGCGUCAACGUACGAUGAGUUUGUAACGCAAGUCAGUUCUGUCAUCAGCGAUAUCUUUAAACAGUAUAAAUAUCUGAAUAAUUCUGAACUAUUGACGGACGAAGGAAACUACACGUCGUUUCAUAACAUCUUGGAAGGUAAAGCGAGUGCCGAAGAGUUGACUCAAAGUAUUCAGCUUUUAUCGAAAUUCCUACAUUGGUAUUUCGAUCAAAAACCUUACAUCUUGGUAGAUGAUUACGACUGUAUUUUUAAAUCCUUUUUCACACACGACGUUUCGGAAGAAGAUCAACAAAAUAUUCGUAAAUUUUACACAGAUCUGUUGAUCAACUCUUUACAAACGAACGAAUUCAUGGACAGGUGCAUUAUGGCAGGAAUUUACGACGUUACAAGUUUACUUGAAGGGUUCAACGAAUCGGUACGAAUCAAUACGACGGAGACCAUUUUAUACAACGCGUUUUCCUUGACAGCAUUCGAAAUAGAUUCCAUGUUCAGGACUUUUCCAUCGAGCGUCGAACUAGACAGAAAAUCUCGACAAUGGUUCAAUGGGUUUAGGAGUGGCAGACAGCUAACCAAACGUCUGCACGAAUUUCCUCCCUAUAUUCGAGUUUUCAACAAUAAAAACGUCACCUAUUACGAGCAGCCUACUUCGGCAGAUUCUUUUAUACGAAAAUCUCUGGAAGUGAAAAGAUUCAGAGGCAUGCUCGCCAACAUCGUCUGUGGUAAAACGUACUUGAGGAAGUUCGCCAGCUUCGACCACGCAGUCGCCUUAGAUCUCAAAAAGAUUCCUUUAACUCCAGACUUUAUCGUCGAACAAGAAGACCGAGGGAAAUAUCUAACCUUACUUUACAGCAGCGGAUACCUAACCGAUAGAAAAAACUACACCGAUGUUAGUUUACAAAUACCAAACCAUAGGAUUAAAUACAAGCUAUCGGAAUUCAUCAUGGAUUACUACCGAACCAAAUUCAACAUCCUACCACACCUCAUCGAUAACGUCAUCUCGAGUAUGUACAAUUACAUGGUUGAAGACUCGGACUCGGCACAUUUUGCUAAAUCUUUAUACGAAUUCUUCACGCAAUUCCCUCUACAAACAGAUAUCUAUCCAUAUCACCUGUUGAAUUACGUGCUCAAUUAUUUCGCUUUGAAAUUCACCACCGUUUAUAGUCAAUUCCGUCUGUUAGAUGUUCAUACCCAAAUCCACGACGCCACCGUUUACAUAGGGCUGUAUUCGCCCGAAAUUAAGGUCGUAUUUGGCGCUAAAACAGCUGCUAUGGUCAAUGAACGAACGUUGAUAACUUUACAUAGGUGGGAAAAUUAUACCGUUUAUGCCCCGAUACCAAAUCGUACGAAAAUCAUCGCCCUUGGAAUACCACUUCAUGGCGAUUAUCAACUUUAUCAAAGUGUCAUUUAUCAUAACCUAUAAUGUAAUGAAAGUAUUUUUACCUAAAUUAAAUUAUUGUACAUAUGUUUUUAA